GGGCAACAAGGAAUUCAUGACCCUCAUUACUUACUACCCAAUUCGUCCUUAUUGUAAAAUACUAUGUUUGUGGGUGACUUGAUCUACUUGCUUCUCACAACCUCACACAAACACUUGACAAAUAUAAUGCUUGGGAGAUGGCUGGUUCUAACUAUCUUACCCUGUCUUGCUAUAUUUCUCUUCUUCUUCUUCUUUAACCUUCAUAUGAAUUCUCCUUUGAUGGUGGUGUCUAAUAAUGCUAUUACCUUAAAAAACCCACCUCGCCGACAAGCUCAAUUCAGCCUCCUAAUAGGAAUCCUCACACGCCCAGAUGCCUAUGACCGCCGCCACUUCCUUCGCCUCAUCUAUGGCAUCCAAUCUUCUCCCAUUGCUGAUAUCGACAUAAAAUUCGUCUUCUGCAACCUCACCAAAGAUGAUCAACGGGUACUAAUCGCACUCGAAAUUCUCCGUUUUGAUGACAUUAUCAUCCUCAAUUGUACUGAGAAUAUGAACUCUGGGAAGACCUACACCUACUUCUCUUCACUUCCUCGCAUCCUCUCCCACAGUUAUGACUAUGUCAUGAAAGCCGACGAUGAUGUCUUCCUAAGGUUAGUACCAUUGGCUGCAUCACUUGAUCCAUUGCCAAGGAUAGAUUUGUAUUAUGGUUUUGUCAUCCCCUGCAAUAGCCUUAAUCCAUUCGUCGAAUACAUGUCGGGCAUGGGGUUUAUAUUGUCUUGGGAUCUCGUCGAAUGGAUUGCAGAGUCUAGCAUUCCUGCAAAUGAUACACAUGGCCCUGAGGAUAAAUUGGUCGGAAAAUGGUUGAAGAUGGGGAAGAAGGCUAAGAACCGGUUUUCAAAUAAACCGGCAAUGUAUGAUUAUCCAGGGACUAAUGGGAGGUGCUCACAUGAGCUUAUAGCAGAUACUGUGGCAGUUCACAGGCUAAAGAGAUGGGAUCAAUGGUUAGCUGCACUAAAAUUCUUCAAUGUCACCAAGGGGCUUGAACCUUCAAAACUGUACAAUAUUUGAUUGGAUUUUGGACUUAAAUGUAUCUUUUUCAA